AUGGAUGAAAAGUUUAUGUAUAAUGAAAUUUUGGCAGCGAUACCUUCAAAUAAGAUAUACGAAGAAUUUAAGUCUGAGGUCGAUGAGGAAAAUAAUGAAAUAAGUUGUGAUAUAUUUAAUUCAAUAAAAAGCAAGUACAAAGAUAAGUGUGUUAAACUUUGUAAAAAUGUUGCAAGAAACUUUAAAUAUUUAUAUGAAAGAGGUAAACCAGAAAACUAUGAUUACCGUUGUUCGCAUUAUAAAUUCUGGGUAUAUAAAGAAAUAGAGAAAAUGUUUGAAAAAAAUUCAGCGGGUGAUGAUGUUAAAGAUGUUAUAACUCAAUUUCUUAAUCUGCAAACUUCUCUUACUGGAACUUAUGGGUUAUAUAAUUGUAAUUAUAUAUUUUUAAAAAAAAAUUUAGAAGAAUUGGAUAAUAAAAAUAAAGAAAAAUAUUUGUAUGAGUAUUUUACGAAUUACGAUAGUAUUAAAAGUAAGGAUAUAUGCAUCAAAGUUGACGUGAAAAAAUACAAAAAAUAUAUUAAUUUUAUUAGUUCUCUAUAUAAAAAUAAGAAAGAGAACUGUUGUUGGAAUGAAAAGUCAGUUUGUCCGCAUUAUUUUCUGAAAUGUGGUGAAGAGUUUAAUCCAAGUAAAUUAUUAUCUGUAUUAGAGUCCGACAAUGGUGAUAGUUGUAAUAGAUUAGAAAGUUUUAAAGAAACUAUAAGUAUUAAAAAAAAACUAGAUUCUAAUAUUUUAGAACGAGCUUUUUUGAAUUCAAUUCUUCUUACUGAUUGUCCUAUUAAUAAUAAUAGUACUAUUUUACGAUGUGGCUUCAUCCGAGCAUCUUCUGUGAGAUCUAGCAGCGGAAAUGCAGUUGAAAACAAUGAACAGAGAACGAAUGCAGUAAGUUCAUCUUCAGGAAUUCGCAUGAUAAAAGCUAAUGCGGAUUCAUCAAAAGUUCUAAGUGAAAGAAUUAUAAAGCAAUUUGCUACUAGUGUUUCAGAAGAAAAACAUAAAAUGUCAUCUGUUGAAAAUCCAGGUAAUGAAUUUAGAUGGAAUUUUGCAAAAGGGACACUGAAUUGUCCACCUAAGAGACCAGAAGAGGAUAAAUAUGGAAUGUGUGAAUAUAUUGAAGAAUUGGUUGAAGAUGGUUUUUUUGAAAAAACAGAAGAUUCUAAGGGUUACAAAUAUAAGAGAGGCCCGUUAUGGAACCACAAAUACUUAGUAAAUGUAGCUAGAAAUAAAAGACAAGAAAAAUUAAGGAAAAGUACUCCAUUAAAAUUAAAUUAUUCAGGACGUUUACAAGCUAUAAUCCAUAAUAAAGGAGAGGUAUCUUAUGCUUCAAAGUCAAAAGGAAAAGCAGUUCCAGAAAAGGAUAUAGAAUAUAAUGUAUUACGGAACACUUUUUCCCGUAUUUCCAUUGUAGGUGCUUUGGUAUUGGGAAUAAUUUUUGUCUUUUUCCUUUAUUUUAAAUUUACUCCCUUUGGGUCAUAUGUAGGUAAAAUUAAAAAAAGGAAAAAAAGAUAUAGAACUAAUUUAGCUCAAUUAAAUAGGCAAAGAAUACCAAGGAGAUUCAUAAAACGUACUUAUAGAAAUUCUGACAGGAGGAGAUUUAGUGUAGUAAAUAUAGAAUAA